ACAGUGGAAAUUGUGAAGUGGUGCGGGACAGUCGCUAGACAUCCUCGGUCGCUGACGCAGUAACUGCCAACUACUGGGUAGUUGCUUCCUCGCAGAGAGAAUCGACUUGACAUCCGUCGAGGAUCGCGUUUACGGAUGCAUUUAAUCCGCGUUGCAGAUUUCGUUUAUAUCCGCGUCACUGUUUCUCACGCUUCUGAAAUACCUGUCAAGAUAAUUCCCGUUGGCAAAGAGGCCCUUCCGAUGGUCUCUCUAAAAUUAGUACAUCGGGCAUAUUCCAGCCACGUUAUCCCAAGCAUGAGGCUACAUAACUCGCCAGGUCCCCCCGAUGCGCGUCGAGGAAGCAUAAACUGCAAACGGAGGAAGUUACAACCUAUGCCAGCGAUUGCUAAAAGUUGAUUAGGACUGCAAAAGGGCCGGCGGAACAAUUGCAUGAGGAAGAUCGUAUGAAGAUUCAGAAAAUGCAGGAAGAAAAUAUACGUUUGGAGCUGAUCGACUCUCAUGAGAAUUCUCAUAGAGAGGACAAGAAAAUUGCUACAGCUAAUGCCAAAACCGCAUUAUCUCUGAAUGCUGAAGCCAGUACCGAGACUGCAGCACCUCCAAAUUCUCCAGAUAUCACAGAUACGGAAAAUUAUGAUCCUCAUCAGUAUCGGAAUGUUCCAAAUCCAACUUCAAAUUUCGAAACCUUGGUUCACUUGCUGAAAGGAAGUCUUGGCACGGGGAUUCUAGCGAUGCCGAAUGCAUUUUGCAAUAGUGGUCUCCUGGUCGGCGUUAUAGCUACGAUAAUCAUAGGAGCGUUGUGCACCUAUUGCUUGCACGUACUCAUAAAGGCGCAGUACAAAUUGUGUAAACGGUUAAGAGUUCCUAUAUUGAGCUAUCCAGACAGCAUGAAAUACGCUCUUGAGCAAGGUCCUCAAUUUAUGAGAUGGUUCGCGCCGUAUGCACCAGGAUUCAUAGACGGGUUUAUGAUAAUAUAUCAAUUGGGAAUUUGCUGCGUUUAUAUCGUAUUUGUAGCAGGAAAUAUAAAACAGGUAACAGAUUACUACUGGCAACCUUUGGCGAUUUCGACCCAUAUGUGCAUUUUAUUGGUUCCGCUGAUAUUAAUCAACUACAUAAGAAAUCUGAAGUUAUUGGCGCCUUUUUCCACGCUAGCAAAUCUCAUUACCCUAGUCGGACUGGGUAUGGUUCUAUCAUACAUGUUUGACGAUCUAGCGUCGAUAAGCGAAAGGGAAAUGUUUGGUACAAUAAGAAAUUUUUCCCUUUAUUUUGGAACGACGUUAUUUGCGUUAGAAGCCGUUGGUGUGAUUAUAGCUUUGGAAAACAACAUGAAGACGCCGCAAUCUUUCGGCGGCUAUUGUGGUGUGCUCAACAUGGGAAUGACUGUGAUUGUUAUUUUGUACAUAAUCGUUGGAUUUUUUGGCUAUGUGAAGUACGGAGCUGAUGCUAAGGGAAGCGUCACUUUCAAUCUACCACAGGAAGACACUAUGUCUCAAAGUAUUAAGAUCAUGUUCGCGGUUGCCAUAUUCAUAACGUAUGCCUUACAAGCUUAUGUGCCCGUUGAAAUUAUAUGGAAUACCUAUCUAGAUCAUCGAAUAAAGAAUCGCAAAAUUUUAUGGGAGUACGUUUGUCGGACUGUCAUUACCUUGGCGACAUUCAUCUUGGCGAUUGCUAUACCGAGACUCGGCCUAUUCAUUUCCCUUUUCGGUGCACUCUGCCUAUCCGCCCUUGGCAUCGCCUUCCCGGCGAUUAUCGAGAUAUGCGUGCAGUGGCCGGCGAAGGAUUUCGGUCUUUGCAAAGCCAUGCUAAUCAAGAACAUGCUCCUGAUUGUGUUCGGAUUGCUGGGCCUCGUGAUCGGGACUUACGUCAGUAUCGUGGACAUAGUGAAAUCCUUUCAGUGAAUAGCAUCAAGUAUACCCGUAAAAUUUGCCAAGAUAAACAGGAAUAUGCGAGAUGCGGCUUAUGACUUGACUGAUUGGAGAUGGUCGUGGACGAUGAUCAAGCGUACAACGAGCAAACGAUGUGCGUUUAAGCUCCAUCACCGCCAUAAGUUUACUUAGACUUUGUAUUAAAUGAAAGAAGAUAAACGCGCGCUACAGUUGAUAGCGAUCAAUGAAAUCUCGCGAUAACAACCUCCGAUUGUAAUCCAAUCGGAUAAUUUUGAUCUGUGAUUAAAGCUAAGCAUCAAUGAAGUAAUCUUCGCUAUGCGUCUCGUUAGAGAGUUUUUAUCACCCAUGUUGAGCUGCAUACAUUCGACUGGAUCGUAUAUAGUAUAAAUAUAUAUAUAUAUAUAUAUAUAUAUAUAUAUAUAUAUAUAUAUUUGCUGUAUAUACGAACGGUUAAUAAUAUAUAUGUCAUUAUGAACGUACGAAUGUAUAUCGAGCGGGUGAAUUCACGAAUUUCUAUUGACGAUUAUUCAAGAUAUGUUCGCUUAAACUUUUUAUUUCGGUACUUACGAAUAUUUAGAAACUCGAAUACGGCUGGCAUAUUUUUUUGUAUUUUUUUUUGGAUGUCGCAACAAAAAGUCAAUAUCUAAUCUAAAUUUUAACGUAUCUUAGAAAUUUGUAGAUAAAUAUAUUUUGUGCUUGAAUUUAUACUAAUGAAGAAAUAGUAAGUAGAUAGUAAAGUAGAAAUUAUCAAACUGCAUCAUUGAUAUUUGACAAGGAAAAUAGAACAAAUAUUUGACUUGAUACUGAAAUGAGAUACUUUAUUUCUCUUGUGAAAAAAAUAGUUGUUAAUUAAUAUAUACAACGUAUAAAAUUUUCUUUAUCAAUAAUAUAAUUAUUGUGAUUAUAUUAUUGCGGCAUCCUUAUCAGAAAUGUCUCAAUAUUACGUUGAUAAGAAAUUUUAUUCUAAUCUCGUAAAAUUUUUCUACAUUCUAUCAUUUUAUAUUUUUAUUAAGAUUUUAUCCUGUUUUAUCAUUAAGUUUAAAAUCUUUAAAAUCUUAAAAUUUAAGAAAGAAGAAAAGAUUGUGUUAAAAAAAAUGUUAACUAUUAAAAUUACCUCAUAUUAUUAAAGACAUUGUUUCGACAAAACAGUGUUCAAAAAAUUGGAAAUGAAAAUAAUAGUAAGUAAAGUAUGUAAAAAAUCAUAUCAUAUAUUUAUACAUAUAUGCAUAUACGUUUUAUUUUCUACCAUCGAACAUGCUCUCUAGAAAUGCACGCCGUAGGGUAAAUGAAAAUAUAUUUCUAAGAAAUAUAAGCUUAAAACGAACAAGCAAAAGCAAAUUUAUCUAUGUAUACUAUUUUAAAUUAUAUUUCUAAUAUGAUCAUAAAAAUCGGAUCAUAAAAAGAGACUUUAUAAUUUUUUAUGGACAUCUACAUAUAUAUAAAUCUCUUCAAACAAAAUAUAAUCAGAAAAUUAGAUAAUAAAUGAAAGUAAUAAUUGAAAGUUUCUAUAACAUAUAAUGGUGAAUAUUCCAUUAUGUCGUUAGCUUAAUUUUUUAUUACGUUUUACUUUUUCUACGUAAUUUUAUUCAACGAAUAAUCGCGCAAUUAUUUGGACAAUAUCUUUUUACAGAUCAUGCAAUACAUUUAUGUAUAUUUUUGUUUAACGGAAUAAAACAUAUUAUAUUUUUACUUGUUUAUAUAAUUUUACUUUGUUCAACAUCAUAGAAACACAUGUUAUUGUUAUGUCAAACACUGUUAAUGUGUCAAUCAACAUAAUCUUAGACUGAAAAAAUAUCUAUAUACUAUAUUGCAGUGAUAACGUAAAGCAUUUCUCAUGCAAUAUCAUAACAAAAGCAAUAUCAUAACUCGAAAAUAUAUUCCAAAAAUCACAAGAUAUUAUUGUUGACUAUUAAUAAUUAUUAAAAAUAUUUCUAAUAUGUUACAUUGUUGACGAGGAAUAGUUACCGAAUUAUUCCCAUCUAAGCAAAUUUUAAAUUAGUCUUAUAAGCGAUGAGAAAUAUAAAAUCUUGUUAGUUGGAAUAUUUAUAAUAAAAAUUGUAUCGAUAUUUAUAAUGGAGAUAUAUGUUAUAAAAUAACAAUGGCUAAUUGUUAUUUUAUUCGCGCCGCGAGUGCGUUAUCAUCGACAAAUAUAUAUUGCCUCGCUCCGAUA